AAGUGUAGCUUUUAUUAGAUGCGGAGACCGAGGCGAUAUACAAAAGAAUAGGGAGUCGCAUACAGUAGCAUGGGUAAAUAGGGAGAUCGGCUUGAUGUUCUGAUCAAGAAUAUAUACACUCAGGAUCACAAUUGCUUGCUUGUCUGACUGUCACCAGCGCAUGGAAAACAAACAUAAUACCCACUUUUGCCCAUUAGCAGGGUAUAAGAAAACACGAGCCGCAGACGAAGUCGACUCCAGCUCCAACUUCAACUGCAGGCCCGCCGCACGAAGAAAAUCAAAUUGUAAUCAAGUCGCGGCCGAGCCACAAGAAAGGUCUAUAAAAGAAUAAAGCGCGCCAAGGCUGGCCAUCAGUUUGAUUUAAACUUGCGGCGGCAGUGCAAGAGACGCGCUCCAAGCAACCCACAGAAAUCAGCUGGCCAGGAUUAGUACGAAAGACGCACCAGACGCGUGUGUUGGCAGAGUGUUAAGCAGGAUUACGUGGACGCGAGUGUGUGCAUUCUGUGCGUGUGUGUGAAAUGAAAAUGACAUUUAAGCAAAAGCAUCUGCUGCUCCUGCUGGGUAUGUGCCUGGCCUGGUCCAGCUGCGAUGCGGCCACCGAGCAGCUGAGCAGUGUGCCCGCCAAUCAGAAUGCGGGCGCACGGACCCUGCUCCGCGUCUACGAUGAGUGCAAUCGGGCGGAGAUGGGCUUUGUGCCAUGCCUGAAGAAGAAGGCCAUCGCGUUUAUAGAUCGUAUAGCGCCAAUCGAUGCCAUCAGCGUCGCCGAUGGCAUUAAGCUCGUCCGCCUGGAGGCGGCGCCACGGCCGGCUGCGUACAGCGAAAACGAACUGGAAUCCUCGCUGGCGCGUUCCGGCAGUGAACGCGAUGCCAAGCUGACGAACAUGCUCAUCGAACGCCUGAGCUACUUCUUCAACGGGCACUCGCUGCAGGUCAGCUUCCCCAAAUUGACUUCCGAUGAGAUUGGACGCGGACUCGAGGAAGGCCGCGGCAAGAUGAAGAAAAUGGGCAUGAUGAUGGCCAUGAUGAUGGCUACCAAGCUGAUGGGCAUGCUGCCAAUUGCCAUGGGCGCACUCUAUAUACUGGCGGGCAAGGCGUUAAUUAUCUCCAAGAUAGCGCUGCUCCUGGCUGGCAUUAUUGGCCUGAAGAAGCUGAUGUCUGGCAAAUCCUCCGGCGGCAGCUCUGGCUGGUCCUCGGGCGGUGGAGGCGGCGGCGGCGGUGGCGGCGGUGGCUGGUCCUCGGGCGGCGGUGGCGGCGGAGGCGGCGGCUGGGACAGACGCUCCCUGACCGAGGCGCAGGAGCUGGCAUAUCGUGCGCACAGCAGGCAGCAGGCAGCCCAGCAGCAGGCAGCUCAGCAGCAGCAGCAGCAGCAGCAGCCGCUGGGAGCGCCGCUGCAGCCAACUCUGUCCAAGUCAUAGACGCCACACACAGACACACACACACACACACGCAUGCACACAAAAGUUAAUAGCUCCAAAGCUGCAUUUAUCUUGUGGAUAAAUUACCAGAGCAAAGAGACAAAAAAGAGAAAUAACGA